AUUAGGUAGCACUACUCAAUAGAACACCGGAAAGAUCACAUGAUAGGAGUGUGUACAUGUAUCAUUAGCUAGCUCGCUAGCCCUUUCGAGCUCACCAGGAAGCGACCUGACGUUUUCUCGAGCCACGCCACAGACAGGAGCUGUCAAACAUAUGUAUCAAUAUUAUUUCAUGAUUCUUCCAUCGUUGACUCUGCAGCAGCCAGCUGGUUAAACGUUACCUACAUGGCUGCUUACAUCAACAUAAAAUAAAUGAGCAUGUGACCAAGGACCAGAGACUAUAGCACAUGAUCUGGACGAGUGGAGGAGGCAUAAGUCAAUCAGGGGUUCAUUAUUUCAACGUGGUCGAUCAGAAGUGAAUAGCCAUGUCAACAAAGACAUCCCUGCUGAAAGUCAUCCUGCUGGGUGAUGGUGGCGUUGGGAAAAGUUCCAUCAUGAAUCGCUAUGUUACCAACAAGUUUGACGCGCACCUUUUCCAUACUAUUGGGGUGGAGUUCCUCAAUAAGGAACUUGAGGUAGACGGCUCACAGGUAACCCUACAGAUCUGGGACACGGCUGGCCAGGAGCGUUUUCGCAGCCUGAGGACUCCUUUUUACCGUGGCUCUGACUGCUGCUUGCUCACCUUCAGUGUUGAUGACAGCCAGAGUUUCCUCAACUUGGGCAACUGGAAAAAGGAGUUCAUCUACUACGCGGAUGUCAAGGAGCCAGAGACGUUCCCGUUUGUAGUCCUGGGCAACAAACUUGACGUGACAGACAGGCAGGUGUCGGCCGAGGAGGCUGUGCAAUGGUGCCAGGAGAACGGGGACUACCCGUAUUAUGAGACCAGUGCUAAGGAUGCCACCAAUGUAGCUGUGGCAUUUGAAGAGGCAGUGCGUAGAGUGCUGGCAAUGGAUGAAAGAACGGACCACCUCAUCCCCACGGACACAGUCAAGCUCCACAGAAAGCCUCGCUCUGCCGGUGCUUGCUGCUCAUAACAUCCAGGAUAUCUCACUAACAUUACUUUGCUGUUUAUGCCUGUUAUGUGAUGAGGCUGUAGGUGUACAAUGCUGUAGUAACAUCUUAUUUAAACGUAUGAUGCUACUGGCUUUAUGGUUUAUAUACUGCUGAGGGUUGAAUAAUGCUUAUAUAGUUUGACUUCUGUUUGAAGAGUUGGGAAACACUAUAUUCAGUCCAAGGUGACUUAAACAAAAAACUUCAAAUGAAAUCAAUCUUUUGCUUAGUUCUGCCAUCUUUCAAAGGCUAAUCUUUGGAGGAACUUGUGUCUUUAGUUCUCAAUAAGUACCUACCUAUUGGGAACGGAGGAAAAAGAGGAACACAUUUUGAAGUUUCCUUUUUAUCUCAAAUGGCUUAUUGUUCCUCUGUCAUGAAGGCAAAUAUAAUGUGACUCUUGAAAAACGUCAACAUGUGUACUACUUUGGUCGUGCAAUUAUCACAGGGCGUCUUAACUUCACUCCCAUAUAUAAUAAUGAAGACAAGAGUGACUGUUUUCAUUCUGCCCAAUAACCUUAUUUCUGAGAAUGAUGAAGUAGUUGAAGCACUACUUUUGCGUAACUAACAUUGAAGCUUGUUGUGAUUUUUGCACCUUUAGGUCUUGUUUGUGCACAUUCUGCAUAGUGAAUAGUUCAUGGCUACACGCUGGAAGCACUGAGGGACAUGCUCCCUAACAGAAGAUACUUAUUUAAGCAACCACAACAUGCAUGGCAUACGGUGUACUUACAUUUUUGGGAACUUUUAUAUUUUGUAAACUGUUUUUAACUAAAGAUUCACAAAUAGCGGAUAUUAUUGAAAUAAUGCUAUCCUAAUUGUUUGGUUUGUUUUGAUCAUUUCAAUCUUUAUAGCGCUAUAUUAACAUUUUUUAACAGUUUUUCCCCACGUUUAAUAUUUAACAAAGUGAACCUUUUAUUUACCUUGACUGCUUCUCAUUCAGAUUUCAUAUCUGGUCAAAGCUGUACUACUGGUAUGCCAAAUGAUGAAUAAACCCUGAGAAAUGUCUCGAGAAGUC